AUGCAUCGCCCCGAACCCAGAUCUCACACUUUCCUUGCCACUUUCCCCUGUCCCCUCUCACCGUCCUCUGAACCUUACGACCCUUAUAUCCCUGCUGGUUCCGGUGCCGCCGGCGGACCUUCCAACAACAACGGACAGAACAAUGCCCAGAGCAAGAAGAUUGCUGCUAUCCAAUCCCAGAUCGACGAGACUAUUGACACCAUGCACGACAACAUCACUAAAGUGACUGAGCGUGGAGAGAACUUGGAUAACUUGCAGAACAAGACCGACGAACUGGCUGUCUCUGCCCGUGGCUUCAAGACUUCGGCCUCGAACGUGCGCCGUCAAAUGUGGUGGAAGGACAUGAAGAUGAGGGUCAUCAUUGGUAUCGGAAUCUGCGUGUUGAUUAUCGUUAUUGUGGUGCCGAUUGUCAAGGCCGCCCAAAACUAA